ACCCACUCUCACACAACUUGCCAUCCCAACUUCUUAAGACCACCAUGGAGUUUUGUUAUCAUAUCCUAACUAUUUUAGGGCUUUUUACUUUGACAGUAAUCUUUAUUGCCUUAAAAAACAGAUCAAAUACCAAGAGGGGUUACACCAAAUGCAUUGAAAUCCCUGAACCCUCUGGGGCAUUACCAAUCAUUGGCCACCUUCAUCUUCUAGGAGGCCAAGAGCCAAUGGCCAAAAUUCUUGGAGCCAUUGCCGACAAAUAUGGCCCAUUCUUCUCACUCAAAAUGGGUAUCCAUCGAAUGUUGGUGGUGAGUAGUUGGGAGAUGGUAAAGGAAUUCCUAGCUACCCAUGACAAAACUUUUGCUACAAGGGCCAGCAUAGCAGUUGGAAAACACUUGUUUUACAACAAUGCUACAUUUGCACUUGCUCCUUAUGGUCAAUAUUGGCGUGAUGUGAGAAAGAUGGCCACUCUUGAGCUUCUCUCGAACCAUAGGCUUGAAAAGCUCAAGCAUGUUCGAUUCUCAGAAGUGGAGUCUUUGAUCAAAAACUUGCACUUGCUUUGUACAAACAACAAGGUGGUGACUCUUAGUGAGUUGUUCGACCACAUGACCUUCAAUAUCAGCCUUCGGAUAAUUGUUGGUAAGCGAUUUUCUACCACCACAUAUGGUGAAGAAAAGAGUGAGGCAUGCCGUUUCCGAAGUGCCAUAAAAGAGGCUCUUUAUCUUAGUGGCGUGUUUAUCUUGUCCGAUGCUUUUCCACAUCUUGAAUGGAUGGACCAUAGAGGUCAUGUGAGUUCCAUGAAGAGGACUGCUAAGGAACUUGACGCGGUGCUUGAGAUUUGGCUUGCUGAACAUCUUCAGAAACGACUGGAGCAGAAGAGUGAUGGUGAAAGCGAUUUCAUGGACGUGAUGCUAUCAAGCUUUCCGGAGGAUGUUGAGAUUUCGGGGCAUACCCGCGACACUAUUGUCAAGGCAACAGCACUGAUUCUCCUCCUUACAGGAGCAGGAAGCACAUCUACUACACUAACAUGGGCAAUCUCCCUGCUUUUAAACCACCCAAGUGUGCUAAAGGCUGCCCAAGAAGAGCUAGACAUGCACGUAGGGAAAGAUAAAUGGGUGGAAGAAUCUGAUAUCAAGAACUUAAAAUACCUCCAUGCCAUAGUUAAGGAAACCUUACGUUUGUAUCCACCGGGUCCCCUUACAGGAAUACGUGAGGCCAUGGAAGAUUGUACUGUUGGUGGCUAUUUUGUACCAAAGGGCACUCGUUUGCUCGUUAACAUAUGGAAGUUGCAAAGAGACCCACGUGUGUGGUCGAAUCCAUCUGAAUUCCAACCAGAGAGAUUCAUGACAACUCAUGCAGACAUUGAUGUUAGGGGUCAAAAUUUUGAGUAUAUUCCAUUCAGUUCUGGAAGAAGGUCAUGCCCCGCAAUCACAUAUGGCAUGCAAGUAGUUCACUUGGCACUAGCUCGUGUGCUUCAAGGAUUUGAUAUGACAACCAUGGCAAGUGAGAAGGUGGACAUGCUUGAAGGACCAGGAAUUGCCUUACCUAAGGUUAACCCACUUGACGUUGUACUCAAGCCUCGCCUUCCCAUGGAGAGUUAUUAAUGGGUGUGAAGCUAAUACUUCAAUCUCAAGAUUAUUGCGCAAAAUGUACUCAUUUUAGGAAAAAUUAUUAUGUACUCUUAGAAUAAAGUAACGUGGUAAUCUAUCAUUUUAUAUAUAUAAUUCAUACUUAGUGGUAUUGUCUAAUAACAAUUG